CCUCCACGAAAACGGCGACGACUAGUCUUACGACCCCGCUCCUCCUACUCUUCAUCAACUGACGACGAAAACAGCAACAACAAAUCGCCUCGGCCUUCGCUCUCCCUCUAUUUCUCUUCCGAGUCGCGGAAGCGCCGCUUGCUUGCUUGCUUGCCUUCAAUUCUGACACCCGGGAGCCAACCGCUCCUUUCUUGUCGCGGCCGUGUCGCGAUCCGGAAUGCUGGAAUGAUGCACGAUAAGGAACAGGGGGAGGAGGAGGAGGAGGAGGAGGAAGAGGAGUUCUACGAGUCCUUGGACCGCAUCCUGUCCUCGUCCUGCUCCUCCACUUCCGCCUCCGAAGACGAUGGCGACGGCCACCGCCGCCGCACCUUCCCCCUGCCGCCGUUGCCCUCCCUCGACGUCUGGACCUCCGAGCCCGCCCCCGUCGCGGAACGCCGCCGCCUCCUCCUCCAGCGCCUCGGCCUCGCCGGAGACCCUACCCUCGUCCGCCUCCCCCCUCCCGCCGGCGCACCGCCUCCCGCCUGGGAUGCCUCCUCGUCCUCUUCCUCCUCUCCCUCGGCCCCCGCCGCCGGCAUGGUCCGAUCCAGAUCCGAUGGGUCUGUCAACCCCUGCUCCGUAAAUAAACCCGAGCCUCCGCGCCGGCCUUACCAACACCAGCAUCAGAGAUCGAUCAAUUUGCCGGUAUCCCACAGGCCGCCUCUCUUCUCGAGAUCUCGGCCCUUGUCCACCGGGAAUCUCGAUGUCUCCGACGGCGACGCAAGCAGCAGCGUCGGCAGCAGAGACCGCUGGGAGGACGGUGACGACCGUGCGAAGUGCGAUGACCCCAGGUGCUUGAUCAAGAACCUCGACAACGGGAGGGAGUUCGUGGUGAAGGAAUUCGGGAAGGAUGGGAUGUGGAACAAGUUAAGGGAGGUUGAGACCGGGCGGCAGCUCACGAUGGAGGAGUUCAAGAUGUGCGUCGGCUGGUCACCCAUCGUUCAAGAACUGAUGAGACGGCAGAACGUGGAGGAGGCCGCGCAUGGCGGCGGCAGCUCCGGCGGUUCCGGUGGCGCGCCACGAAUCGAUGGGGCUUCCAGGGGAGGGACGAGGCUAAAGAAGAAAGGAAGCUGGCUCAGGAGCGUGAGGAAUGUGGCGGGUGUUGCGAUAGCUGGAGGGCACCAUCAGCAGCGUCGGAGUAGUGAUGAGAAAGAUACAUCUUCGGAGAAGGGAGGGAGGAGGUCGAGCUCUGCUACAGAUGACAGCCAGGAUGGUGCGCCCGGCCUAGACCUUCGUGUGAAGGUCCGACAGUCUGGGAAGUCUCACAAGGAGCUCACCGGUCUUUACAUGAGCCAGGCUAUUCAGGCCCAUAAUGGUUCCAUCUGGUGCAUCAAGUUUAGUUUGGACGGGCGGUACUUGGCUACUGCCGGAGAGGACUGUGUCAUCCAUGUGUGGGAAGUCUCUAAGAUCACUACAAAGGGGGGUUUGCUAAAAGUAGCUGAGCAGAGUGGGAAUUUCAAUCCAUUUGCUAUGGCAAUCGAUGAUUGCCCACCAGAUCCAAGAUUGGUGUUGGCCAGUGCCGAAGGGAACCAUUGGGAAAAUAAGCGAAGAGCAAAGAUUUCUGGCAGUCGGAGGUCUGUUAGCUCGGACUCUCUUAUGAUGCCAGAACAUAUGUUUUCUCUGUCAGAGAGCCCUGUAUGUUCUUUCAGAGGCCACUCAGAUGAUGUCCUUGAUCUCUCUUGGUCAAAAUCACAGUACCUUCUUUCAUCUUCAAUGGACAAAACUGUUCGGCUUUGGCACAUGUCCAGCAACUGCUGUUUAAAAACAUUCACACAUAGUGACUACGUGACUUGCAUCCAGUUCAAUCCUAUUGAUGACAGGUACUUCAUUAGCGGAUCCCUAGACGAGAAAGUCCGCAUAUGGAGUAUUCCAGAUCGUCAAAUUGUUGACUGGAAUGAUUUGCAUGAGAUGGUCACUGCUGCCUGCUAUACCCCUGAUGGGCAGGGCGCUCUAGUUGGUUCACACGAGGGGAGUUGUCACUUGUAUGAUACAUCUGACAAUAGGCUUCUCCAAAAAAGUCGCAUUGAAUUGCAAAAUAAGAAAAAGAAGUCCAGACACAAGAAAAUUACUGGAUUCCAGUUUGCUCCAGGGAGUUCUUCAAAGGUGCUGGUUACAUCUGCAGAUUCACAAGUGCGGAUACUUGAUAAUGAUGCACUGGUCCACAAAUUCAAAGGGUUUCGCAAUACAAGCAGCCAAAUCUCAGCAUACUGGACUGCUAAUGGAAGAUAUGUUAUCUGUGCCAGUGAGGACUCUCAUGUAUAUGUAUGGAGAUACGAUGAAGAUUCUCGGCCUAGUAGGAGCAAAACUGCAGCAACUGUCACGCAGUCUUAUGAGCAUUUCCACUGCCAGGGUGUGACAGUAGCUGUUCCUUGGCCAUGCUCCGGAUUGGAAAGGAUGGUGAAAACUCACUCCAACAAGAAGGACCAAGUUGGUGAAGAAUCUCAGGCCAAUUCACCACUUCUGGUUGAAGCCAAUGGGCUCCAUCUUUCGCCUUCUCCUAGUAACCAGAACAUUAGUUGCCAGCAAAACAAUAGCAUUCUCGGUCGAAAACCAGAUCACUUCGGUGACAAGCUUUCAGCAACUUGGCCUGAAGAGCUCAUGGCUAGUAAACAGACACCUCGAAGUAAUAAUGACCUGAACAGUUGUCAUAUGCCGGUGCCAAAAAGUUCGGCCUGGGGAUUGGUGAUUGUCACUGCAAGUCGAUGCGGCGAAAUUAGAACUUUUCAGAAUUUCAGCAUUCCAUUUCAAAUAUAAUUCUCCACUUGUGGUAAAUGGAGGGAGAUCGCCAACGUCAAAUGAUUCAACCCUCCACUGCCCAGGUUGAUGCUGCUGGAGUUUUGUGUACAGUUAGAUGGAUGUCACGAGAGUUGUGAUAUCCAUCGGGCCUAUACUUGAGUUUCCUUUUGUCCAUUUGCGUGAUUGAUUUGUAAAAAACCAAUCCAGCAACAGAUGUUCCACAAGGAUCCAUCAGUAUUGCGAGGAUGUUACUGCAAUUGCAUGUUAAAGCAGAAGCUAAAGAUGGUGAAACUGGGAGCUGGUUGGUCCAUUCUCUGUAUCUUCCUCUUCUUUUCUUAUCACCUCAAUCAUGUUUUGGGGGUAUGGUGAUCUGGACCCCAUUGUUUUAUUCUACCAUAUGUUGAUGUAAGAAGAGAAACUAAAUUCAAAUGCUGCAAGAAAAAUUACCCAAAGUUUCAGUUAUUAA